CUUCUCUGCAUCGCAGAAUACAUAUAUGCAGUAUAUUGACGCCUCAUCCUGCUCUCACCUCGCGACAAUUGGCAGUCAGGAAACGUGCCUUCUUUACGCUUUGAGAUCCCUCCCUAUGGCCAGAAAUGGUCCAAAUGGGGCAAAUCAUGUGCUGGUUACCGCUGAUAAUAUCGGCCCCGUCCUGGCCAUUGUCACCUGGUUUCUGCUCACCAUGAUGAUUGUCGCCAUCUUCUUCAGGAUGGUGAUCAAGCGCUUUGUGAGGCGGCGCUUGACCUCCGACGACUACCCGGUUUGCGCAGCAUUGCUGUUCGGCAUUGCCCAAUCAAUUGCUGUCUCUAUAUCGAUAAAGGAUGGCCUUGGGAAACGCAAAACGUCCCUCAAUCCUGCUAGUCUCACCAAUAUUCAAAAGACCAUUUACGCUGCAGAUCUAUUGUUUAUACUAGGUUGUGGUUUUGCCAAAAUAUCAAUCCUCAUGCUGCUCGGACACUUGAGCGUAUCCAAGGUACACAUCAGGAUUACGAGGAUUACGAUAUACGUCACCGUAGCUUGGAUGACAGCCGCCUUCUUUGCACUCGCUUUCCAAUGCGGUAUGCCUCAUCCUUGGGCCACACAGUCAGGGCGUUGUUUUGAUAAGUUUGCGUUCUGGGUCGCCAUCGCGCCCGUUGAUAUCAUCAUAGAACUUGUGGUGGUGAGCCUACCAGUUUUCAUGAUGGCGUCGGUGAAAGUAGCUUUCUCUAGGAAGGUUGUCGUUGUCGUGGCCUUCUUUUUCCGAAUAGCCGUCGCCGUCCUCGUCAUCGUCCGCGUCUGCCUCCUCCACACCUACCUAUCCUCAUCCGACUUCGUCUUCGACUACGUCCCCAGCGGCAUCGUCACUCAAGCCCUACUCAGCAUCUCCAUCACCACCGCCUGCAUCCCGACUCUCAAGCCCUUCCUCGACAGCUUCGACUCCGGCCUGCUCGGCGUCGGGCUCAAGAGCGAAGCCGAGCACACCAGCAACAGCUAUGAGCUGCGCAGUAGCCGCGCCAGCAAGAGCGUGCUCCGCUCGCGCACCCGCGACGUCGACAACGACCUCGAGCUUGUCCCCGAAGGCACCACUGGCUAUAUCGCCGCCGUCAGCGGCCACACCGCGCGCCGCCAGCGCCGCGACAGCCACAGCGUCAGCCUGGAUUCCGGCAAGAGCGACGCCAUGAUUAUCAAGCGCACGGAUCACUGGGCCGUGCAGUACGAUUCCAGCGAGCCGACGGCGCAGAGCAGCGUCCAGAGCGAGGGUGAACACUUGGAUGAGGAGCGGUAGGGAGGUUGGGUGGGGGAAGGGUGGAGGGGAGAGGGAGUCUUGGGAGGUUUUUCUUUUUCCCCCCCUCUUUUUGCCGGGCAAGGAGGGGGCUGGACGGGCACGAGAACUGAACGAAAUAAUGGGCUAGAGAUCGGAAACUGGAGAUCGGAGACUGGCGUUCUGGUAUCUGGAUCAUCAUCAAUAGCAAGGGUCACAAAACAAAGGUAGGUAGUGUAGAUAGUCUUUUUGUUAUCACUAUAUUUAGCGCUAGGCCCAGGCCGACCGACUACUCCCCGGAAUAGGGAGCUGGCCGCACUGUAAUUACUGUAGUUGCCUAGCCUAGC